GGUGCCUGCUCCUUCCCUUCCGAGGGUCGUGGAGUGUGGUUCUGCCGUGGCUUGCGGUGGGAGGGCCCCAGUCACUCGUCCCGGAGCUCGGAGGGGCUGGGAGCAAGACUUGAGACCUGGCUUCUCACAGGCAAAUCAUGUGGAUGCUGGUGAGUUGGGUGGCCUUAGUGGCAGGGAUGGUGGCUGGAACACAGUGCCCAGAUGGCCAGUUCUGCCCCGUGGCCUGCUGCCUGGACCCAGGAGGAGCCUCUUAUGGUUGCUGCAAUCCCGUUCUGGACAAAUGGCCCACAACACUGAGCAGGCGUCUAGGCAGACCCUGCCAGAUCAGUACCCACUGCUCAGCUGGCUACUCCUGUCUCCUCACUGUCUCAGGGAGUUCCAGUUGCUGCCCAUUUCCAGAGGCUGUGGCAUGUGCGGAUGGCCACCACUGUUGCCCACGGGGCUUCCACUGUAGUGCUGAUGGACAGUCCUGCUUCCAGAGACCAGAUAACCAGCCCCCGCGUGCCAUCCUGUGCCCCGGUGGCCAGGUUGAGUGCCCCAACUCCUCCACCUGCUGCGUUAUGGCGGAUGGCUCCUGGGGAUGCUGCCCCAUGCCCCAGGCUAUCUGCUGUGAAGACAAGGUGCACUGCUGUCCCCACGGUAGCACCUGUGACGUGGCUCAUUCCCGCUGCAUCACACCCACGGGCACCCACCCCCUGGUCAAGAAGAUCCCGGCACAGAGGACUGAUGGGGCGGUGGUUCUGCACACCUUCGUCACAUGCCCUGAUGGGUGGUCCCAGUGCUCUGACAAUUCUACCUGCUGUGAGCUGCCCAGUGGGAAGUAUGGCUGCUGCCCCAUUCCCAAUGCCAUCUGCUGCUCCGACCACCUGCACUGCUGCCCACAGGACACUGUGUGUGACCUGACCCAGAGUAAGUGCGUCUCCCAGGAGAGCACGUCAGACCUCACCGAGCUGUCCACACACACAGUGCAAGAGGUCAAAUGCGACAUGGAGGUGAGCUGCCCGGAUGGUUACACCUGUUGUCGCCUCCAGUCAGGGGCCUGGGGCUGCUGCCCUUUUGCCCAGGCCGUGUGCUGUGAGGACCACAUACACUGCUGCCCAGCGGGGUUUACGUGUCACACAGAGAAGGGGACCUGUGAACAGGGGACCCACCAGGUGCCCUGGAUGGAGAAGGCCCCAGCCUACCUCAGCCUGCCGGACUCACAGGCCUUGGAGAGUGACGUCCUCUGUGAUAAUGUCACUAGCUGUCCCCCUAACAACACCUGCUGCCGACUCAAAUCUGGCGAGUGGGGCUGCUGUCCUGUCCUAAAGGCUGUCUGCUGCUCGGACAACAAGCACUGCUGCCCCCCAGGCUACACAUGCACGGCCGAGGGGAAUUGUCAGAGAGGGAACGAGACAGUGGCUGGACUGGAGAAGACACCUACCCGCCAGGCUUCCCUGUCCCACUCCAAAGACAUCGGCUGUGACCAGCACACCAGCUGCCCAGUGGGGCAGACCUGCUGCCCAAGCCUGCGAGGGGGCUGGGCAUGCUGCCAGCUGCCCCAUGCCGUGUGCUGUGACGAUCGCCAGCACUGCUGCCCGGCUGGGUAUACCUGCAAUGUGAAGGCUCGAUCCUGUGAGAAGGAGGGGAGCCCUGCCCAGUCUGCUGCCCACCUGGCCCUCAGCCCUCACGUGGGUGCAGGGCAUGUGGCAUGUGGGGCAGGGCACUUCUGCCAUGACAACCAGACCUGCUGCAGAGAUAGCAAAGGGGGCUGGGCCUGUUGUCCCUACCGCAAGGGUGUCUGCUGUGCAGAUCAGCGGCACUGCUGUCCUGCCGGCUUCCGCUGCGGGGCCAAGGGCACCAAGUGUGUGCGCAGGGAGACCCAGCGCUGGGACAUCCCGCUGAAGGAGCCAGCUCCGAGACAGCUGCUGUGAGGAGGGAUUGAGGACUGAAGAGACCCCCAGCCCUUGGGACCCUUUCAGGGUGCACACUGCUCAGGCCUCCCCAGCACCUCUCCACCAAACUCUCCCUGACCCCCCCCUCCCAAACGCCAUGGCAGGUAGGGCCUCUAAGGCCUUUCCUUGUCAGAAGGGGGUCUGUGGCAAAAGCCACGUGACAAGCUGCCAUCCCCUCCCGUUUCUGUGGACCUUGUGGCCAGGUGCUGUCCCCUAUCCACAGGGGGCUGUGUGUGUGUGCGCGCGCAUGUGUGUGUGUGUGUGUCCGCCAAUAAAGUUUGUACACUUUC